AUACAAAACCACACAUUUUAUACUUUUCUUGCAUACACCUCAAAACAAAUCAAGUUCCUUUGUUUUUGUUUGAUAAAUUUUUGCCAUGAAACGUGGAUACCCAGAUUCUCCAUCUUCCUCCUGUGGUCCACCUCAAUCCAAGUUCAAACAUAACCCUGAAGGUGAUUCACAAUUUUUGGAGGAUGAGAGCACCAAGAUUAUUGCUCGAAAAGUGGCCGAUCAUUAUAGUUCUAGAACAAAUCAAACUUUGGAAGAACGUGAAGCAAGUCCGAUCAUUCACUUGAAAAAAUUAAAUAACUGGAUUAAAAGUGUCUUGAUUCAGCUUUAUGCUCGUCGGGGUGAUGCUGUUCUUGAUCUUGCCUGUGGCAAGGGUGGUGAUCUCAUCAAAUGGGAUAAAGCAAAAGUUGGAUAUUAUGUUGGCAUUGAUAUAGCUGAAGGAUCGAUAGAAGAUUGUCGUACGCGAUACAAUGGUAAUGCAGACCAUCAUCAGCGUCGCAAAAAGUUCACUUUUCCUGCCCGUCUCAUCUGCGGGGAUUGUUUUGAGGCAUGCUUGGAUAGAGUUUUGGUGGAUGAUGCUCCUUUCGACAUCUGCAGUUGCCAGUUUGCCAUGCAUUAUUCCUGGUCUACAGAGGCACGGGCACGUCGAGCACUGGCCAAUGUUUCUGCUUUACUUCGUCCGGGGGGCACCUUCAUUGGGACGAUGCCAGAUGCCAAUGUGAUAGUCAAAAAACUUAGAGAAGCUGAAGGAUUGACCCUUGGCAACAGCGUCUACUGGAUACGUUUUGAUGAAGAAUUUAGUGACAAGAAAUUUAAAUCUUCUAGUCCCUUUGGUAUCAAGUACAAGUUCCAUUUAGAGGAUGCUGUGGACUGCCCCGAAUGGAUCGUUCCUUUUCAUGUCUUCAAGUCGUUAGCAGAGGAGUAUGAUCUAGAACUCGUUUUCGUAAAAAACUCGCACGAGUUUGUUCACGAAUACAUGAAAAAACCAGAAUAUAUAGAGCUUAUGCGGAGAUUAGGUGCAUUAGGCAACGGUAAUCAAGACCAGAGCACAUUAUCUUUGGACGAAUGGGAUGCGGCUUAUUUAUACCUUGCGUAUGUUUUAAAAAAGCGCGGCCAACCGGAUCGGACACAAGCAAAUAGCAGAAAAGAUAAAGGACAGAUGCAAAUAGCAAAGGAGGACAUCCUGUAUAUUAGUAGUGAUGAUUAACAGGAAACCAUGGAUUCCACAGAUUUAUUUGAAAGUCCGAGCGAAACAUAAAUAACGGAGGCCGGCCGCCGGCCGAGUGUAUGGAGCAAUGCCUAUGAACCAUAUUUUCUAGACACGUGUCAUCAUUAAAUUAGAUGAAAAAUGUUCUAAAUAGUAAAUCUAAUAAUCAGGCAUCAAUCAUUUUUUAUUAACCAGCGAUUGAUCCAAGGCAAUUCCGCAGCAAUAUAAGCUUUGUAUUCCGCAAGCAUCCAAGUGGAAAAA